AAGCAAGCGCGUCCAUCCAUCCACGCAGACGCAGUAGCACCCAGCAGCAUGGUGGGGCGGCUUGCUGCCGUGCCAGAGGAGAGCAUGGACUGCUCCACGGCCGCCUACCCGCCGCGCGGCGUCUACUGCGACCGGAUCCGGAAGGUCGCCGUGUCCGGAGUGCAGAUAAGAUCCACUAUCUGCUCCCACUCCCAGUCCGGUCAUAGCGGAUCCAGGUCCAGCUGCUCCACUGCUUCGAAUUCUUACCCGUCCAACAACUCCGGCUGCUCCUCAGGUUCGGCGUCCGACGUUGUACUGGAGUACUCCCGUGCCCAAGAAGAGCUAAACAGGAUUGCACGCCAAAUGGUUAGCGACGGGUACACUCAGCGGAUGGUCCAAGCAAUAGCAUUCCACGUCGCACCUCCGGCCCCGGCGCAUAUCCAGCACCACGAUGGAAGAGAUGAGUACAGUUAUGGACGACGGUGAUGACCGCUUGUGGGCUAUCGAAAUUAAGCAUGGAGGAGGCGGGAUCCACAAGAACACCCGUUUGGGGAUGAACUUCAUCAUGUCCAUGUUUAAAGCAGCAAAUUUGACUCAGAACUCCGAGAUGUGCC